UUCGCAGAUCGAAGCCGAACGGCCCGCGCGCCCUCACCGUGGAGUACUGCGCGAUACCCGGAAAUGGGGCAGUUGACUCUGGAAGCCAAUAUUGCGAAUUGCCUAAGGAAACUAGGGAGGGUCCAAGAAUGCAUUGCGCGGAUGCGAGCUAAUUUCGUUGCGAGCCAAAGCGAGUUCGGAUCCGAGGAUGAAUUGACUUUGAUAGCCGCAACUAGUUUGUCUCUCGCACUCUUAGAUGCUCAAGAUUAUGCCGGAUGCACGCAAUUCAUACAAGAGAAUUCUCUUUUGGACAAGGUCGGACGCUUCCUUGGGCCCGAGAACGCCACUACGAUGGUUCUCCGCAGGAGUCAGGCGACGGCUCUCUGCUUGGACGAGGAAGCUUCCUUGGACGACGUGCGCCGAGCCGUGGAAAUCUUGGAGGACGUCAGCGCAAUAUCAAAUAGGGUUCUCGGCCCCGACUACCCCACCUCUCAAAAGGCCCAAGAGCACCUCGACGCCGCGCGGGAGAAACUCUCGCACGCCGAAUAG